AUGUUCCGAUCAGCCAUAAUUCCCCUUCACCUUCUUGCCAAGGUCGACCCUGGGCGAAUUGUCUUUAUUGCUCCCUUGUAUUUCGGGGUAGCACACGUGCAUCAUUUCUACGAGUUUCGAUUAACCCAUCCGGAUACCCCGAUCCUCGCUGCAGCGCUUCGAUCUAUCUUCCAAUUCGGCUUUACCACCAUUUUUGGUUGGUAUGCGACGUUUGUGUAUCUUCGCACAGCCUCUCUCCUCGCUGUCAUCCUCAUUCAUACAUUUUGUAACUGGUGUGGGCUUCCUCGUCUUUGGGGAAGGGUCGAGGCCGUCGUUCACAUUGGCCCAACCCUCAACAGGGGAAAAGAGGACUCUGACCGGAGCAUAGUGUACACCUAUGGCGAGCUCAGUAUAGGAUGGAGCGUCGCUUAUUACGCCCUUCUCGUCGGCGGGGCGAUUGGUUUCUACUAUGGCCUGUGGCCGUUGACAGAGUCUUUGCAUGCAUUGGUCGAGUUCACGGGCUCCACAAAGUACUAA